UAUGGGGAUGGUUAUGGGCCACCGCCCACGGCAUCAGAUGUUUAUACCGGGACGGGUACUGAUCCCGCAGCAGCUUCAUUGGGUUAUUUUGGUAUGGGAGCAUAUCCACCGGUUGCUACCGCACCACCAACAAUGCUUGCUGAUCCGCUCAAUGAACGAAUGAAACGGGAUAAGGAAGCGAUCUAUAAUCAUCCAUUGUUUCCAUUAUUAUCGUGCCUUUUCGAGAAAUGCGAGUUAGCAACGUGUACACCACGAGAUCAGAAUAGUACAGCAACGACAAGUUCAACGUCAACAUCCUCAACAAAUGACGUUUGCUCAUCGGCAUCAUUUAAAGAUGACCUUGCCGAUUUUGCCAAAAUGGUACAAAGUGAAAAGCCAUAUUAUGUCCCAAAUCCUGAAGUUGACACAUUGGUAUAA